GCUUGUUGUCGCCGCGUCCACAUGGAAAGUUUGUUUUCUCUUUUUUUCCGCGCUCACGGCUCUUUCCUGAAAGUUUACGCAGGGCUGUUGUUGCACGCUUCCAAGAUGACAGAGAAAGUAACGGACAUCUGGGCUCGCAGUAAUUUUCUGCUGCGCUGGUUACUGCAAUGAAUGGUAACACUGUCCAGCACACCACGAGCACUGCGCCGUCCAUAGCACCUCCUUGUGGAUGGAGGGAGUUCUGCGAGUUGCAUGCCAGCACCACGGCCCGAGAACUAGCCCAACACUACCGGCAUUUCGUCCGAGAGCGGCCGGUGCAGGAUGUGGUCCCUCCGGAAAGUUUCUCCAAGCAGUUCAGUGCCCUAUUUCAGCACCAUUUCAGCUGCGAAGUGGCUAAAGAUGCAGAACCCGCACUGCGGCAAACACCCCCGCCCCCCUUACCGCCCAUGACUGGCCGUCUACGCAUCACUUCCUUUUCCGGAGUGCUGGAUUACCGGGAGACGGUGCGUCCGGGAGUCGUUCCCCUAGUUGCCGUGUUGGCACCCAAACCAGAUGCAGGGGGCGUCGCUAGGGAACAGGAGCAUUUGUUGCGUUGUUCUCCUGCAGACACUACACGCAGAUCCCGGCAUCUCAGCCAGGAGGACGAACCUCCGGAAAGUAGGUUCAUGCCGUCAGUCUUGACCAGCCCUUCUCGUAGUGAAGUCACUCACUUUUCCGUCAGUCGAAUCAGAGAGAGCGUGUGCCGACUUUUUAAGAAAUACCCACAACUUGACGAACCCUCAAGGGGUUCUCCAAGGGACGAAUCGGCCCCAGGUGGCGGGUCCUCAGUGACUGUUGAAUACAAUGGCGAAUCUCCACCUCAGACUCCGCAGGUACCCGCCCAUCACUCCUCGCACUGGAGCGGGUUGCGGGAGCGGUUCAGUUUGUUUCGUACUGUGAAACGCAAACAAGAAGCAGGAGGUGUUUGUAAGGAGGGGCAGCUGCGGUACCUUGAGGUGGAUGACACUAUCUCGGACAUGCCGCCGCAGUGGUUACGUUGUCGCCUGCUGGUCAGGAGGAUUAAUGAGCACACAGCUAGUGAGCGGUACCAGCUAGAGCUCUAUGACCCACCCAAGGAUUACAAAACGGCAAAGCUUACCAUACCCUGUUCAGAUAUCCACGAGAUACGACGGUGUAAUCGACUAGAAAUGCCUGACAACAUGAACACAUUUGUUUUAAAGGUCACAGGUCAUCCAGGUAGUUUAAUAUUCGAGGCAGAGAACGAACAGCAGGUGAGCUCAUGGACCACGGAGCUUCGAGAGUGCAUCUGCAGCAGGUCAGAUAGUGUCGAUGGAGAUCAGUUUCCUGUGAAUGACUCUUUCAAUGUAGCUCGGAGAGGGAGCGCAGAACCCAGCAGCCAAAGCUCUCCUGGUUUUGGCCUCAUGGAGCACGCCUACAAUAAAACGGAUCACUUCCUGUCGUCUUACCCAUGGUUCCACGGGCCCAUAUCACGCGUGCGUGCUGCCUACCUUGUGCAACACGCCGGGGUCAGUGGUCAUGGGAACUUCCUGGUCAGACAGAGCGAGACGAGGAGAGGAGAUUACGUUCUUACGUUUAACUACCAGGGCAGAGCGAAGCAUUUGCGUCUGUCUCUGACCGAGUGGGGUCAGUGUCGCGUGCAGCACCUGCGUUUCCCGUCAGUCCAGGACAUGCUCAGUCAUUUCCGCAACUGUCCCAUCCCGCUGGAGUGCGGAGCCGCAUGCGACGUCAUGCUCGCCAAUUACGUGCGGGUAAACCCAACCCACACAGGUCAGAGCUCUCCGAUAUUGGUGCCGUUCUCUCGCUGGAGUUCAGAGCCGAGUCUUGCUCACUGUAGCCUGGAUUCAUUUCCUCAGUCUACUCACGCCAUGGCUCAGCCUUCAUCAGCAUUAGCCUCCGUCUUGCACCGCACUCCUCCCUCACUCCCAGAUCGGCCCGUUCCCAUACCCCUGCGCCGGAGCGAGUCCGUGGGUCGCAGAAACCUGCUCCGCCAUCCCAACCCCUCUGCCACCCCUACUCCCAAACCGGGACUCUGACUACGAACUAGAGCCUCCCAACAGGGGGCGCAAGAGAGCAAUCGACAACCAGUACAUGUUCUUCUGAAAGAGUUCGGAGAAGGUAAUAAGCGAACCGAGGUGGAAAGCCGCUCUAGAUUUCCGCCCGGAUGCAAAGCAUACGGCAGCCGAACCUUGAGGGUUUGAGUCGCACAAGGAUUCGUGCAAGACUCUGGGUCGAGGUGCACCUAAACCUGCCUUUCUAAGACACCUGACAGCUGUGUUCCCUGUGUACUAUACAGGAAAAGUGUUUAUUUUCGAGUAACAAAAGUAGAAAGAAGAAGACAGCUGGUCGUGGGGAUGAAGAUGUAUUUAAGAUGGCGUUUCACGUUGGCGGUCAGUAAGUCGUUUGCUGGCUUGGGAACACACACCACUACCAUUCUUGUGAAGGGGCUGUAGAAAGAAUGUUUUAAAUGCUUGGUCCGGACUUGACUUUGAUCCCACCCUCUUCAUUCCAACACAGGUCCAUUUUCAUACGAUUUUGGUCUGAACCACAAUAUGGUCGAGUCUUUUCAUCACUGUAGUGCCUCCAAAACUUCCGUAAAGAACGGCACUUUGUGACAUGCAAGAAAUGCUACUUGCGACCUUUUCAAGCAGAGCCGGCGAACUGUAUCCAAGUUCAAAAGAAAGCACCAACCAACCAGAAAGUUCAAACACUGACAUGAAAUGAACUCGGGUUGCAGUGAGAUCUGUGGUGUGAAAGCACCCUUAAAGGGGACAUAUCAUGAAAAUCUGACUUUUUCUAUGUUUAAGUGCUAUAAUUGGGUCCCCAGUGCUUCCAUCAACCUAGAAAAUCUGAAAAGGAACAACCCAGUAACUUAAUUUUGGUAAACCAUUCUUUGCAACUCAAAAAAUUAUCAUAAUUCCGCCCCUUAAUGAGCAAAAAUGUGCCUUUUUUGGAUGCCUCCUUUUAAAAUGCGAAUAAGACUGAUGAAAUGCAAACACUGAUCACCAUAAUGGUGGUUUGUUGAAAUUUAAACUCAAUGUGUGUGUGCUGUCAAUUAUUUUCUCUCGAUCUCUGCACUAAAUGGCAGUGUGGUGGAUGGAUAGUGUAGAGAUCAAGAGAAAGAGAGAAAAUAAUUGACAACACAAUUGGAAAUAAUUUUCAACAAAUUAUGCCAUUAUGGUGAUCAGUGUUUGCAUUUAAUCAGCUCUUUUGCACUUAAAAGCAAAUUUUUGCUCAAACCUACAAAGUGGCAAUUUUAACAUGUUAUAAUAAAUUAUCUAUAUGGUAUUUUGAACAAAAACUUCACAUAUGUUUUCUGGGGACACCAAAGAUUUAUUUUAUAUCUUAAAAAAGUCAAAUGAAAUGUCCCCUUUAAAAAAUGAAAAGUUUGAAAGAGUUUUGGUCGGUCUCUGCACACGCGCAUUUGACCUCAUUUGUAGGAUACGUGUAAAUGGUUUGUAAGACCAUUCUUAUGCAAAUUGUUUUAUUGAUUUUAAACGCAGAGUUCUGCUUGUGUUACAAUGAGGCCACGCAUGCACUUACUCUCAGAUUUUUAUAUUUUUAUGUUCAGUCGUAGUAAUACACAGGUUUCUGUAUCUUUUGUGUAUUAGAAGACCAAAUAAUAUAGACCGUAGAUCAUAUACCCCAUAUGAUGGUCAUAUAGGCCUAAGUGUAGUAGAUUAAUGCCUUUAAGAGGGUCCCAGGUUUGGUUUACAGGUUAACUGACCAAAGAAAACUAUUUACCAAACAAGCAAUAACUAAAGUAAUUCCUGAAAUCAUGACAGAUUUUUCCUUUUCAACUAAACGAUAAGCCUUCCUGUGUUUCACGGCUAUUUGCUAUGGAAAUACUACUUUGACAGCUACCAAAUCUGACACCAUGCAUAGUUGAUUUUAAGCUAUUCGAGUAAAUGCUUCACAGAAACGUUUUCACAGCUUGUUUGUGUUGUCGUGAAUGUCUUUUUUGUGGCUUAACACUAACACUGUUGUCAAAUCUGUAUCAACCACAAAAUACCCAAAUGACUUCAUAUCUCACUCGUACAUAAUUGGGGGAAUCUCAUGAGAUGUCAAGGUAGCACAAAAUGACCACAAAUGUUUUAUUUUUUUGCUUUAUUUGCGACUUAAAAUGUGGCAUGAAUGCAGUAAAUAAAACGUUAUCUCAUUGCAAAAUUUGAGAUGAAAUAACAGUAAUGAGAAUGUCAUUAAAAAUGACUGAAAUACAAUGAAUUAAUAUUGGUGUAUUAUGCUGCGUUUACACCAACCGCGUUUCAGGCGCCAAAAUCACGUCUACCGCGCCUAGUUUGCCGCUUGAACAGUUUGAAUGCAUUCGCGCGUCUAGAGUCAGAGG